AUGUUCAAAUUCGCCGUUGUCCUUUUCGCCAUGUUUGCUUGCGCUGCCGCCAAGCCUGGUUUGGUUACCCCAUUGGCCUACACUGCACCAGCUGCUGUUGUUGCUGCCGCCCCAGCACCCUUCGUUACUGCCACAAGCAGCCAAUAUGUUGCCCGUAACUACAAUGGUAUUGCUACAGCUCCAGUUGUUGCUCCCGUUGCCGCCCCUGUUGUAGCCAAGACUGUUGCCGCUCCCAUUGUUGCCAAGACUUUCGCUGCCCCAGUCGCUGCUGCCUACACCACCCCAGUUGCUGCUGCCUACACUGCUCCUGUUGUAGCCAAAUACGCUGCCACUUAUGCUGCUCCUUUCACCUACUCUGCUCCUUUGACUUAUGCCGCCGCUGCUCCAGCCGUUGUCCUUUUCGCCAUCAUUGCCUGUGCUGCUGCCAAGCCAGGUUUGGUUACACCCUUGGCUUAUACCGCUCCAGCUGCUGUUGUUGCUGCCGCUCCUGCACCUUUCGUUACUGCUACCAGUAGCCAAUAUGUUGCCCGUAACUACAAUGGUAUUGCCACCGCCCCUGUUGUUGCCAAGACUUUCGCUGCCCCAGUCGCUGCUGCCUACACCACCCCUGUUGCUGCUGCUUACUCUGCCCCUGUGGUAGCCAAAUACGCCGCCACAUAUGCUGCUCCUUUCGGCUACUCCGCUCCUUUGACUUAUGCUGCUGCCCCAGCCCCUGUUUUCUUGUAA